AAAAAUGAAUGAUUCCACUAUCUGUUUAAAUCACCUUUUUCAUGAGUGUAAUUUUGAAAACUAUCCAUAGAAUGACAAAAGCGAGACGAGAGCUGCCACUUCAGCACUUCUUCCGAAAACUCGUUCUAUCAGAAGACUAUAAAGUCAUUCGGUGCGGCUAGAAGCAAAAAUAGAAACAUAAACGCAAAAUUUUGAACGAUUCAAAUAGUUUGGAAGUGUAAACGACCUCCCCAUGACACUGGUUAUGCUAAUGAGACUGCGUACUACUUAUCUCGAGGAACGCUACUCCCAGCAAAGAGACCCUUUUGUGCCAGUUGGUAAACAAAUACUUCCCGAAAAUGUGGCUCAGUUGCGAAAAUCCUCCGGUCAAGGCCAGUCCGUAAGGCAAAGGAAAUGGCAUCACCGACUGCAGUGGUACUAAUUUUCGCAGUGCUUUUAUGUGGGGUCAUCGAAUGCAUAACUUAUCGUGAUCAGUGCAUAGAUUUAGACGGAUUAGCUGGACGGUGUGUAAAGUUGUCCAAAUGCCAUUCAAUGGGCGAUAUUUGGCGCACUCCCGUCAAAUCCAUAAGGCAAAGUGAACGAUUGGCGGAUAGUUUGUGUGGAAGGUAUUCAAAAAAUCCGUUGGUUUGCUGUACUGAAGGUCGAACGAGCCAAAUUGAUGUAAAUGCCAUCAAUUAUGGGAAACCGUCGUAUUUUACAACUACGAUGAAAACCCCUGCAAUAGGUUCUUCUCGUAGAACUUCAAGCUCUUGGAGAAGAUUGCCAACAACAGCUUCUACUACUGCAAAAGCAAAAGCAACAACUACGAAAACCUUUAGGACAACUUCUAAGACUACCAGAUUUACAACACCAAAGGUUGAACCUCAAGCAGAUGAAACGGGUUUCCAGCAAACCACUUUGACCGAGUUUCCUUGGUCUGCUCUGAUCCAGUAUCGCAAAUUAUACGGCGUCUAUGGAUUCCACUGCGGCGGAACAUUGAUCCACGAGCGUUACGUGGUGACGGCGGCCCACUGCGUGAAAGCCAUUCCUCGUACCUGGGAGAUAUCCCUCGUUCGGUUGGGCGAAUUCGAUAUUAAAAGCCCAGACGUGGACUGCGACAAGGUCCAAUGCGGAACUCCACCCUUGGACAUAUUUGUGGAGCAGAUAAUUGUUCACGAAGGCUACGUUACUCGUCUAUUGAGCCAGUACCACGAUAUUGCUCUGAUCAGAUUGAUGAAUGCCGUUCAGCCAACUGCCUUCGUUCGACCAAUUCAGUUGCCCUUACCAGAAAUGGGUCGUUCGUUAUUUAAUACUUUAAAAACGGGUAUUUCAGCGGGUUGGGGUCGCUCGAAAACUGGAUCGGCCAGUACUGUGAAAUUGAAGGUGCAGCUGGAACUUGAAGAUCUGAAUGGGUGCUCCGAAUCGUACAAAGUGUCGGGUGUGAAACUGACAGAUGGACAACUUUGUGCAAGCGAGUGGCGUGGAACAGGAACUUGUAGCUGUGAUUCCGGAGGAGCUUUGAUGGUACGGAUGAAUGAUCGCUAUUACCUGAUAGGUAUUGUAAGCUUUGGCCCAACCAAGUGUGGUUUGAAGAACGUUCCUGGGGUGUACACCAGUGUGAUUAAAUACACCAGCUGGAUUCGGAGGAAUAUAUACUAAAAAUCUCUUAGAUUAGAAAAUGGCUUAGCCUAACAAUGUCGUCAGUAGAAAUUAUUGUAAAAUUAGGAUGCCCUGCAUAUAUAAGCUUCAUGUAUUUUAUAGAACUAAUUUUACAAAAACGUACAAUUAACUUUUAUGUUGUAUUCAUUUUUUAAUGAAUACUUGAAGUAUGAGAAU